GCGUCAUUUGACAUCCGAUCGAUCGAUCAAACUUGGCUCUUCUUCGUUCCUUCUCGAUCGUAUCGCGAAAAUGGACUCCUUCGCUUCCUUCUUCCAGUCUAGCGGCCGUAAUAGCUGGAGCUAUGAUUCCCUGAAGAACUUCCGGCAGAUCUCCCCGGUCGUACAGACCCAUCUCAAACAGGUUUAUCUUUCACUUUGCUGCGCUCUGGCAGCCGCUGCGACCGGCGCUUACCUGCAUAUCCUGUGGAACAUUGGUGGCCUCCUGACGACACUUGCCUGCCUGGGUUGCAUGAUAUGGCUUCUUUCUACACCCCCGUAUGAAGAGCAAAAGAGGGUUGGUUUGCUCAUGGCAUCUUCGCUUUUCCAAGGAGCUUCAAUCGGUCCCCUCAUUGAUCUGGCCAUUGAGAUCGACCCAAGCAUCUUGGUCAGCGCUUUUGUGGGAACCGCAUUGGCUUUUGCUUGCUUCUCGGCAGCAGCUUUGUUGGCUAAGCGGAGGGAGUAUCUUUACCUCGGUGGCUUGCUCUCCUCUGGUCUUUCCAUGCUGAUGUGGUUGCAUUUCGCAUCCUCGAUCUUUGGUGGCUCUGCAGCUAUCUUCAAGUUUGAGUUGUACUUUGGGCUGCUAGUGUUCGUGGGCUACAUGGUAGUUGACACUCAGGACAUCAUCGAGAAGGCACACCGUGGUGAUCUCGACUACGUGAAGCAUGCCAUGACCCUCUUCACUGAUUUUGUCGCUGUCUUUGUUCGCAUCCUUAUCAUCAUGAUGAAGAAUUCGGCCGAGAAGAACGAGAAGAAGAAGAAGAGAAGAGAUUGAGCUCGUGGACGGUGCUUGAAAGUCAAGAAAUAAGCUGCGGUUUCUUAAUGCUGAAAGUUCUUUUCCCUUUUGUAUGGGUUUCAUAACAGGAGGAUGACAUUUUAGAUACUGUGUUUAGAUGCCGGUGUGUAUACUUUUGGAUUAUCGUGCUGUUGUGAAUAUGACUCCCUCAUUCUGGAAGUUAAGAAUAUCCCGGACUCUUAUAUGUACUUUUUCUCCAAGGAGCUUGCUGAAUCUGCCGAUGGGAGAAUGGCGAAUGCCGUGAUCUGUAUUGACAUGAAUGAUACAAAUCAUGAAUGCCAUGACCCUUGUGCCACCGAUCACA